UGUUCUGUGUAUACAUGUAUUGAAGUUUUACUUGUCUUAUUAUCAUUAAAAUAAUUGUUGUUAAUACAUUUUUUACUAAUUAAAGUGAUACAAUUAAGAGCACGGAAAUACAGGAAAGGUUAUUAACAAAGAAAUGGAUGUCCAAAAUGUUAAAGAAGAAAUAGGUAAACACGAUGAUUUCCAGUUAAAUAUCGAUAUAAAAAAAGACUUAAUUGACGAAGUAUCUACAAUAAAAAUUCAAAAUACAAAUGGACAAAUAAAUGAAAUUCAUUCUAUCAAACAAGAAAUCGACGAUGACAUGAAUACAAAUAAAAUCUUUGAUAACAAUGUGGAUGCAACUAAUAAAACAAAAAGGAACAUUUCGAGUACUAAAUUAAUACUAAACAAACCGGGAUAUUCGAAAGUUGCCCAUAAAAAGGGAAUUAAAUCAAAAAUUGCAGGGUUGAUAAGAGAUGGAAAAUAUUUACAGCCAAAUGCUAUGGGGUUAAUGAUAUGUGUAUAUUGUGGGAAAUUAUACACAAAACAAGUGGAAUUGUUAUGCCACAUAAAAAUCAAUCAUUGUAUAAAAGGAAACAAUUUUUAUAAGAUGAAAAUUCACCAUAAAAUUAGAAGUGGUACAUGUAUUAUGGAAAAUAUUGAUGUUAAGGAUGAAAUUGAAGUAAUUGAACAUGAAAUGAAAGUGGAGCUGCAGGAUACUACAAAUCAGUUGGAUGUUACCAAUAAUUUGCACCCAAGUGUAAAUAAGGGUUUGAAAUCAAUUCAAACCAAUUCAAAUAAGCAUUCACAUACUUACACAAAGAUAAAGCCAUUAAAAUGUGAUAUUGGUAGGAAACUUUUUUCUUCUGAAAAUAAUUCAAAUACACAUAUGUAUAGUCACAUGAGAGAAAAGCCAUUUAAGUGCGAUAUUUGUUACAACACUUUUUCACAGAAAAGUAGCUUGAACACACAUUUGCGUAGCCAUACAGGAGAAAAGCCAUUCAAAUGUGACAUUUGUUUGAAACCAUUUUCUCGGAAACAUGUUUUGAAGACACAUUUGCGUUAUCAUACAGGAGAAAAGCCAUUCAACUGUGACAUUUGUUUGAAAAAGUUUUCACAUAAAAGUCACUUGAAGGUGCAUAUGCGUAGUCAUACAGGAGAAAACCCAUUCAAAUGUGACAUUUGUUUAAAAACUUUUCCACAUAAAGGUAACUUAAAAAAACAUUUGCGUUAUCAUACAGGAGAAAAGCCAUUCAAAUGUGACAUUUGCUCGAAAACUUUUUCACAGUCAAUUGAGUUGAAGGCACAUUUGCGUAGUCAUACAGGAGAAAAGCCAUUCAAAUGUGACAUUUGCUUAAAAACUUUUUCACGUGAAGAAAACUUCAAGACACAUUUGCGUGGUCAUUCAGGAGAAAAGCCAUUCAAAUGUGACAUUUGUUUGAAAAAUUUUGCACGUAAGGGAAACUUGAAGUCACAUUUACGUAGUCAUACAGGUGAAAAGCCAUACAAAUGUGACAUCUGUUUAAAAACUUUUUCAGAUAGCAGUAAUUUAAAAACACAUUUGCGUUGUCAUACUGGAGAAAAGCCUUUCAAAUGUGAUAUUUGUUUGAAACCAUUUUCAUCAAAAAUUAAUUUGAAGACACAUUUGAAUAUCCAUACAGGAGAAAAACCAUUCAAAUGUGACAUUUGUUUGAAAAAUUUUUCACGCAAAGGAAACUUGAAGACACAUUUGCGUGGCCAUACAGAAGAAAAACCACUCAAAUGUGAAAUUCACGGAAAUACAGGAAAGGUUAUUAACAAAGAAAUGGACGUCCAAAAUGUUAAAGAAGAAAUAGGUAAACACGAUGAUUUCCUAUUAAAUAUCGAUAUAAAAAAAGACUUAAUUGACGAAGUAUCUACAAUAAAAAUUCAAAAUACAAAUGAACAAAUAAAUGAAAUUCAUUCAAUCAAACAAGAAAUCGACAAUGACUUGAAUACAAAUAGAAUAUUCAAUAACAAUGUGGAUGCAACUAAUAAAACAAAAAGGAACAUUUCGAGUACUCAAUUCAUACUGAAUAAACCGGGAUAUUCGAAAGCUGCCCAGAGAAAUGGAAUUAAAUCAAAAGUUUCAGGAAUAAUUAGAAAUUGGAAAUAUAUUCAACCAAAUGCUAUGGGGUUAAUGAUAUGUGUAUAUUGUGGAAAAUUAUACACAAAACAAGAAGAAUUGUUAUACCACUUAUCAAUAAAUCAUUGUAUAAAAGGAAACAAAUUUUAUAAUAUACAUAAUAAAAGUAAAAGUGAUACAUGUAUUAUGGAAAAUAUUGAUAUAAAAGAUGAAAUUGAAGUAAUUGAACAUGAAUUGAAAGUGGAGCUGCAGGACACUACAAACCAGUUGGAUGUUACUAAUAAUUUAAAUUCAAGUCUACAUAAUGGUUCGAAAUCCAUUCAAAUCAAUUCAAAUGUGGAUUCACAUACUUACACAAGGACAAAACCAUUGAAAUGUGACAUUAAUAGGAAACUUUUCUCUUAUGAAAAUAAUUUAAAUAUACAUAUGCGUAGUCACAAGGGAGAAAAGCUAUUCAAGUGUGAUAUUUGUUACAAACAUUUUUCACACAGCAAUGGUUUGAAGAGACAUUUGCGAAGUCAUACAGGAGAAAAGCCAUUUAAAUGCGACAUUUGUAUAAAAACUUUUUCAGAUAGGAGUAAUUUGAAAAGACAUUUCCGUAGUCAUACAGGAGAAAAGCCAUUCAAAUGUGAUAUUUGUUUUAAAACUUAUUCACAGUCAAGUGAUUUGAAGACACAUUUAAGAAGUCAUACAGGAGAAAAGCCAUUCAAAUGUGAUAUUUGUUUUAAAACUUUUUCAAAGUCAAGUGAUUUGAAGACACAUUUGAGAAGUCACAUAGAAGAAACGCCAUUGACGUGUGACAUUUGUUUAAAAACUUUUUCACAUAAAGGUAACUUGAAGUCACAUUUGCGUAGACAUACAGGAGAGAAGCCAUUCAAAUGCGACAUUUGUUUGAAAACUUUUCCACAUAAAAGUAGCUUAAACAGACAUUUGCGUAGUCAUACAGGAGAAAAGCCAUACAAAUGUGAUAGUUGUUUUAAAACAUUUUCACAGUUGAGUGAUUUGAAGACACAUUUGCGAAGUCAUACUGGAGAAAAGCCAUUCAAAUGUGACAUGUGUUUUAAAACUUUUUCAGAUAGGCGUAAUUUGAAGGUACAUUUGAGUAGUCAUACUGGAGAAAAGCCAUUCAAAUGUGAAAUUUGUUUUAAAACUUUUUCGCAGUCAACUAAUUUGAAGACACAUUUGCGUAUUCAUACAGGAGAAAAGCCAUUCAAAUGUGACAUUUGUUCAAAAACUUUUUCACAUAGGAGGGGUUUGAAAAGACACGUGCAUGGUCAUACAAGAGAAAAGCCAUUCAAAUGUGACAUUUGUUUUAAAACUUUUUCACGGUCAAGUGAUUUGAAGACACAUUUGCGUAGUCAUACAGGAGAAAAGCCGUUCAAAUGUGACAUUUGUUUGAAAACUUUUUCAGAUAAGAGUAAUUUGAAGACACAUUUGCGUUAUCAUACAGGAGAAAAACCAUUCAAAUGUGAUAUUUGUUUUAAAACUUUCUCACAUUCAAGUGAUUUGAAGACACAUUUGCGUAGUCAUACAGGAGAAAAGCCGUUCAAAUGUGCCAUUUGUUUGAAAACUUUUUCACAAUCAAGUAAUUUGAAGACACAUUUGCGUAUUCAUACAGGAGAAAAGCCAUUCAAAUGUGACAUUUGUUUGAAAACUUUUUCAGAUAAAGGUAACUUGAGGAAGCAUUUGUGUAGUCAUACAGGAGAAAAGUCAUUCUAA